UUCCACUGCAAAACCUCUAAGUUCUUCCAACUACGCCGGAGGAAGUCGGGAUUGACCAGAAGAGAGAGAGAGAGAGAGAGAGAGAGAGAGAGAGAGAGAGAGAAAGAUUCAAUGGAGAAGAACCCCCUUCUCCGGCCAUCCUCUACCAUGUUCGGGGUAGUAGACUUUCGCGGCCAACCUAUCUCUAGAUCAUCUUCUGGUCGCUGGACCUCUGCGUUCUUUAUCAUAGGGGUUGAAAUCGCCGAGAGAAUGGCGUAUUAUGGCAUCUCCUUCAACCUCAUAACUUACCUCACCGGCCCUCUCAACUUCUCGACGGCCGCUGCCGCCUCCUCCGUCAACAGCUGGUCCGGCGCCUCUAUGCUUCUUCCCCUCCUGGGCGCUUUUGUCGCCGAUUCGUUCCUCGGCCGCUACCGCACUAUCGUCCUCGCCUCACUUCUCUACGUCCUGGGUCUAGGGUUGCUCACGCUCACUGCCGUGCUUUCAAGCUCAUGCUCAGUAGACCUAAAGCUUACCUUGAAUUCUCCAUCCUGUUCUCCAGCUGUUCUCCAAGUUGUUUUGUUCUUCUUAUCCCUCUAUCUCGUAGCCUUUGCGGAAGGAGGGCACAAACCAUGCCUUCAGGCGUUUGGUGCCGACCAAUUCGACGAGUCUGAUAACCAAGAGCGCAUUGCAAGGAGUUCAUUCUUCAAUUGGUGGUACUUUGGGAUGAAUGGUGGCAUGAUUGCCUCCUUCAUUGUAUUGAGCUACAUCCAGGACAACAUUGGCUGGAGCUUUGGAUUUGGAAUUCCUUGUGCUGUUAUGGGCAUUGCUCUUCUGGUUUUCUUGUUGGGAAGCAAGACUUACCGCUGCUAUGCCUUGGAGGAUACAAGCCCCUUUGUUAGGAUUGUCAAAGGGAUGGCUGAUUUGGCCAUGAGCAGGCAAUCUUCAGCAGAUCGAUUCCUAUCUGAAGUGGAAGCUGGAGACCUAGAACAGCACAGCAGCUAUCAAUCUGAUCAAGAAACAAAGCUUCUCAAUGGGGGUAAAUUGCUUGUUGAUGAACGAAUUGAUGAAGCUAAGGGGAUGCUUCGGUUGUUUCCUAUAUGGGCUACCUGCUUAGCCUAUGCUAUAACCUUCUCUCAAAGUUCAACCUUGUUCAACAAGCAAGGUGGCACCAUGGACAGGCAUAUUGGACCGAGCUUCCAAAUUUCCUCGGCCGCUCUGCAAAGCAUCAUAAGCAUCGUUAUUGUUGUCUUCAUUCCUGUCUAUGACCGUGUACUUGUUCCUAUGGCCAGAAAUCUUUCUGGGCUUUCCACUGGCAUCACACAUCUUCAAAGAAUUGGCAUUGGAUUGUUCUUCUCAGUGAUUUCAAUGGUCGUUGCAGCUCUUGUGGAGAUGAAAAGGAUCCAAACUGCAAGAGAAAAUGGCUUGGUCGAUGAGCCAAAUGCAACAGUUCCAAUGAGCAUAUUGUGGCUCCUUCCUCAGUACAUUCUAUUUGGCAUCAUGGAUGCGCUUGGAAUGGUUGGCCUGCAGGAGUUUUUCUAUGAUCAGGUACCUGAUGCUUUGAGGAGCCUGGGACUUGCUCUUUAUCUCAGUAUAUUCGGCAUAGGAAGCUUCAUUAGUGGCUUGCUUGUUUCAGUGAUUGAUGAAAUAACUAAAAGAGAAGGGGAGAGCUGGUUCUCAGACAAUUUGAAUCGAGCUCAUCUUGAUUAUUUCUUCUGGCUCCUUGCAGGACUUGGUGCUAUUGCGCUGGUCCUUUUUGUCUGCUUUGCUCAAUCCUAUUUAUACAAGAAGAAGGAAUACCGCAGUGUGUAAUAUGCUAAAGCAAACAAAUUUUAUUACUUCAAAUACGUUUGUUAUUUUCUUCAGCUCUAUAUGAAGAUAAGCCCCGACAGCUUGUGUAGUUUUCUUGGUUGGAUUUAUUUGUUUUCUUAAAAAUGUGAUUCUUAAUGUGUUAC